AAACGAACAAACAAACAAAAACAGAGCGAGAGGAGAGAUUUCAUAGCGCUUCCUAGUUGCGUGUUCUAGUGUGCUACGCAUGCUGCUAAAGAUUUCAAGAAAGUCCCUACAAUCAUGAGCGGAUUUGGUUAGAGCGGGCAAAGACAAGAGAAAUGAUGUGUUGAGGCAGCUAACUUCCAAGCAUCGGUCACACUCACCAUUUCCAUCUUUCCUCUUCUUCGCCGGCGCCAGCCCCAGCAUCGCCGAACCUCCCGCACGCCGGCCGGAGAAUUCAUCCAGACGUGGCAUUGAGCGAAUCCUUUUCCUGCUCUGUCAGCUAAUUGCGAGUUCUUCUCCUGCGGUCUUGCGGAAGGCAUGGCGAGGUUCGGAUGGAGAGUCGGUUCCAAGGUGCAGAGAUGGGGUCGGAGCUUCUUCCGGGGCUUCUCUUCUGCUUCGAUUCCGUCUCAGCUGGAGGUGCUCAACGUUCUACCCUCACCUCUUAUGGUCUUUCUACCAGCAUCCGUGAUGCCUGGUUGGCUUCGUAUGACAGCACACACUAUUAUCGACUUGGUUUGAACGUCUACGAGAACUUAACUAAAAUAGGGAAGAAUGUAGGAUUCAUUGGACUCGGGAAUAUGGGAUCCCAUAUGGCAAGGAACCUGAUUACGGCUGGAUAUAAAGUGACUGUUCAUGAUAUAAAUGAAAAUUCGAUGAAGAAAUUCUCAGACGAUGGAAUCCCCACAAAGCAGUCUCCACUUGAAGUUUCAGAGUCGAGUGAUGUCGUGAUUACCAUGCUUCCUUCCUCUUCCCAUGUUUUAGAGGUAUACAAUGGAACUAAUGGCUUGCUUGGUGGUGGUAGCCACCUUGGACCUUGGUUAUACAUAGACUCAUCUACAGUUGAUCCGCAAACAUCAAGAAAGAUAUCGACGGCCAUAUCAAGAUGCCAUUUAAAGGAAAAUAAAGGCUACGUUGAAAACCCAUUGAUUCUGGAUGCUCCGGUUUCUGGAGGUGUUCCUGCUGCAGAAGCUGCGAAGCUAACUUUCAUGGUAGGAGGUCUAGAGGAAGCAUAUUUAGCAGCCAAGCCCCUACUUCUCUCAAUGGGGAAAAGGGCAAUCUACUGCGGUGGGGCUGGAAAUGGCUCGGCUGCAAAGAUCUGUAACAACAUGGCAAUGGCGAUCAGCAUGCUUGGGGUCUCAGAAGCCUUUGCUCUUGGUCAGAAUCUUGGGAUCAAAGCAAGCACUCUUACAGACAUUUUCAAUUGCUCGAGUGCUCGCUGCUGGAGUAGCGACACAUAUAACCCAGUUCCCGGAGUUAUGGAGGGCGUGCCAUCAUCGAGGAACUAUGACGGUGGUUUCACCUCCAAACUAAUGGCUAAAGAUUUGGAUUUGGCCAUGGCCUCUGCAUCUGGAGUCGGCUUCAAAUGUCCCAUGGGCUCUGAGGCACUUGAAAUUUACCGAAAGCUCUGCGGGGAUUGCUGCGAACUCAAGGACUUCUCAUGUGUAUUCCGCCAUUACUAUGCUGGCAAGGAUGAAGAGUGACCUGCUAGUUACUCUAGCAAACUUGCCGCUUGUUCAAAUGAAUAAAACAAAAAUAAAGUUUCUGGAAUGGUUCCAGUGUAAAUCUGUAGAGUUGUACUGAGAUAUGGUGGCUUUGUAAACUGUUUGUUGGUUUGCUUCUCGGCAAUGGCAAUAGACUGUUCGAGACAUCUUUAACUAUGAUCCAAGAACUGCCAGUUUUCAGCAA